AUGGGUCUCUCCAAGAAACACUCCAAAGUCCUUUGUGUCUCUGUUGGAGCAGGCCAUGAGGUCAUGGCUCUAUCCAAAAUGGGUGUUGAGGAUGUUACAAGUGUUGAAGUGAUAGAGUCUUUGCCUUUGGUUAUCAGGGUGGAUCCUCAUAAUUGUCCUUUCCUUCAUGGGCCUUCGAUGUUGCCUUUAUUGGGCAUUUGGUGGAGGCUUUGUAUCCCAGGCGUGGACGAGUGUGAUGAUGAUGAAGAAGUGAAGGAGAUUGUUAAGCUGUUUAGGAAGUCCAAGCUUGUUGGCACUUCCAAUGUUACCUUGAACAGAAGAAGAGUGACAAGGAUCAUGCUGAGAACUAUAGCUUUUGCCUAA